CGAAUUCGAGCCGUCGUCUUCUUCCUGAAUAUCCAGAAGUCAAUUCUGCUAAAUCAAAGUUUUCCUUUUCGAUCUCGAAUUUCUCGAUUCUUCGCAUUAAAUAAUACGCGGAAUCGUCAGAGAUUUGAAUUGGACUUUCCUGGAAUUCUAUUUCUUACGCGUGAUUAUCUGGAAAACGCGUUUGAGAAGGGGAUAAUCUUAAAUCAAGCUCUCUUUCUCUCUGUUCCGGGGUCUUGAUCUUCCCCUCCUCUCCGGAUUUCAUCAUCUAAUCUUGAAAUCAUCUUCUGGCUGCUUAAUUUCAUCUGGGUUUUCGAUCGUACGAGGAAAGAUGUCGAAAGAAGGACAGACAGUGAUCGGAGUUCCGUACUACGUCGGACAUAAUCCGUACCAAGCCGGAGUUGUGCCGCCGAAUGCUAUUUACGGUGAUCCAAUGGGAGCUCCGAUUCAGCAAACGAUUUAUCGGGACACUCCUGCUCCGUUCAACUGUCCGUGCUGCGGUAAUACUGGUCUCACCAAUGUCAGAUCGAAACCCGGUCUCUCUGCCGUUGUUGCAUGCAUGAUGCCGAUGAUGCUUGGAAUCUGCUUUCUCUGCCCUUCAAUGGACUGCCUUUGGCACAAAUAUCACUACUGCCCUCACUGUUCAAACAAGGUAGCUGACUUUGAGAAAAAAGAUCCCUGCCUGGUUAUGGAUCCGCCACAAUGGAAGCAGUCGAGCUUUGCACUCCCUGCAUGAUGGGUCAUUAUCUGUUUACAUCACGUGUUUGGUUUCACUUGUUCUACUGUUUAUCAUCUUUGGAUAAAAACCGAGAUCCACCUACGGUAACGCGAGUUUUCAUUGAAAGGAGCUCUAUGAAUUGUGUGUAAGAAGAUGAACCUUUUACUUGAUUGUACAGUACAUUGUGUUGUGCUCUGAUUUUAUGGAAAGAACCUUCUUUCUAAUGUUCA